AUGGCCGAUGACAAGAGCAGGAAACAGGCUACACUGGGGAGGUUCUUCGGCUCAACUGCGAGCGCAAAUCAAGCAGCAAAGAAACAGACCACCUUGUCAUUCGGCGGUAAGAGGCAAACAGCUAGCAUCGACGCUGUUAUUGAGCCUGUGGAUGUAAAAGUUGAGAAUGGAGCCGAAGCACCACCCACCGCCGAGUCCAGCGGGGACGAAUCGAGCAAGAACUUGAAGCGGGAAAAGGCCGAGGCUGCGGAGGAUAGCGACGGGUCAGAUGUCCAACCUGUUCCUAAACGUCGGCGCAAGGUCUCGGGGAGCCCAUCGGCUCCCGCCAAGAAUAAAUCCCCUUCUCGCAAAAAGUCCCCACCGAAAUCCCCCAGGAAGUCUUCGUCAAGUCCCGCCAAAGCCGCAAUACGGUCACCGAGAUCGGUUGUGAAAAAAGCCUCCGGGGAGGAAACCCCAGAGGAGGAACAAGAAUCGGACGUGGAUGAAGAGAAGGCAGAGUCCGGGAGCGAGGCCGAUGAAGAUACCAUGCCCGAGGCGAGGAAGAAGACAAUGGCAAAGGUGCAAGCCACUCUGAAGGCUAGUGGCAAUGAUCCAUAUCCCGACUGGAAAGCUGGCGAUCCUGUUCCAUACGCCGCGCUAUGCACCACCUUCUCAUUGGUUGAGAUGACGACGAAACGCCUAAUAAUUCUCGCCCACUGCUCUCUUUUCCUCCAGCAGGUGCUCCGCUUAACCCCGAACGACCUUCUUCCAACAGUACAGCUUAUGAUUAACAAGCUUGCUGCCGACUACGCGGGAAUUGAACUUGGUAUUGGCGAGUCAUUGAUUAUGAAAGCCAUCGGCGAGAGCACAGGUCGCAGUCUCCAGGUCAUCAAGACCGACCAGCACGAGAUUGGCGACUUGGGAUUGGUGGCCGCCAAAAGUCGUGGAAACCAACCUACAAUGUUCAAGCCGAAGCCUUUGACCGUCAGAGGCGUGCAUGAAGGCUUGCUGGGAAUCGCCAAGGUUCAAGGGCAUGGAUCACAGGACAAAAAGAUCUCGGGUAUCAAGAAGUUGUUGUCAGCUGCCGACUCCGCGACUGCUGGCAAAGGCAACAAAGGUGUUGACAUCACCAAGGACAAAGGUGGUCCCAGUGAGGCUAAAUUCAUCGUCCGCUUCCUGGAGGGCAAAUUGAGGUUGGGUCUUGCUGAGAGAACCGUCCUUGUCGCGCUUGCCCAGGCUAUUGUUACCCACGAGGCAGCCGUUGCAGGCGAGAAAACACCAUCUCCAGAAAGGCUGGCUGAAGGAGAAUCGGUUCUCAAAACUGUGUACAGCGAGCUACCUUCCUAUGAAGUGAUCAUCCCUGCCAUGCUGGAACACGGUCUCUUUGACCUGGCGAAGGUGUGCAAGCUUCAGCCUGGCAUUCCCCUGAAGCCUAUGCUUGCCAAGCCAACUAAGUCGAUUACUGAAGUUCUCGAUCGUUUCGAGGGCAAAGAAUUCACGUGUGAAUACAAGUAUGAUGGUGAACGUGCUCAGAUCCACUUUGUGGCGCCGGAUCAUAUCCACAAAUACCCUGGGUCGACUGCUACAUUACAAAAAGACCAUAAGGGACUCAGUGCGAUUUUCUCCCGCAAUUCCGAAGAUCUGUCAAAGAAAUACCCCGAUGUGCUGGGUAAGCUUGACAGCUGGGUCAAGCAGGACGUCAACAGUUUCGUUUUGGAUUGUGAAACCGUUGCUUGGGAUACUGUCAACAAGAAAGUUCUUCCGUUCCAGCAGCUAAUGACCCGUAAGCGAAAGGACGUGAAGGCAGAAGAUGUCAAGGUCAAGGUCUGUGUGUUCGCAUUUGACCUGCUGUUCUUCAAUGGAGAGCCGUGUGUCAAGAAGUCGCUCCGUGAGCGCCGGGAUCUACUACAUAAAUGCUUCCAGCCCAUUGAAGGCGAGUUCCAAUUUGCGCAAUUCGGCAACACCAAUGUCGUUGAUGAGAUCCAGGACCUGCUGGACGAAAGUGUCAAGGCUUCGUGUGAGGGACUUAUGGUGAAAAUGCUGGACACGUCGGAGAGCGGAUAUGAGCCCAGCAAACGGAGUCGCAAUUGGUUGAAGGUCAAGAAAGAUUAUCUCGCUGGUGUGGGCGACUCGCUCGACCUGGUUGUCCUUGGUGCUUACUAUGGACGUGGUAAGCGUACUUCUGUUUACGGAGCUUUCCUUCUUGCUGCCUACAACCCGAACUCCGACUCCUACGAAACAAUCUGCAACAUUGGCACUGGCUUUUCCGAAGCACUGUUGGAGGAGCUCCACAAGGAGCUAACACCCUUGGUCAUCGACCGGCCCAAGCCCUUCUAUUCCCAUUCUACUGUGCCUAAGGAUCAACCGGAUGUGUGGUUCGAACCCCGACUGGUCUGGGAAGUCAAAACGGCCGAUUUGACUCUCAGCCCGCGGUACAAAGCUGCAUCAGAUGAGUUCGAAGGAACUAUCGGUGGUGGCAAGGGCGUCUCUCUGCGGUUCCCCCGGUUCAUCAAAUCUCGUGAAGACAAGAAGCCGGAGCAGGCCACCACGACCCGGGCUGUGGCGGAGAUGUACCGGAAGCAAGAGGCGGUGACCAAGGAGAGCGCCGGUAAGCGCGGCGUGGAUGACGACUUUGAGUAUUAA